UAACUCUAAAUGUUCGCUGGGUUGCAAGGAAAAUAAAUAAAUUGCAAAAUAUUGCAUUUUCGCGGUUUUUGUUUGCUAUUAAUUAAUUAUUAAUAUAUAAUAAUAUUAAAAACAUAUUAAUUAUUGUCAAGCGCGUGUGCAGAAUGUGUUAAAGAGAAACAUUGGCGAAAAAUCAGCGCGCCAAUUUGUGUUUGUACCGAAUUUUGUUGCUCAUGAAAUUGUGAAGGAAAAACGUGGUAAAUAUCAUGGCCGACGACACAAAUGAGGAUAGCUGGCUAUAUGGCACCUCAAAUCCGGAUUCCACUACCAAUGAGACGGACGGCGUAACCAUAGGUAGUAAAGACCAAUUCCUAGAUAAUGCCGGGGAAAAAGCGGACUCGGCGUCAGCUGGCGCCGGUUCGGGAAGCGCCGACACGGACACGGUCAGCGAGUGUGUGCCCAAAGAAGAAGAGCCAGAGUAUACGGAAUUCGAUGAUCCGGCACAGGAAAUGGAAGAAGAUGAGGAGGCUUUGCCGGACACCACAGAGACCGGGGGCGGCAAAGCCAGAAGACGAAGCCGGAGCAAUGAGCUGAGUACGCCGCCUUUGCAAGAUCAAGAUGUGGAAAUGACGGAUGGUCCAAGCGGUGGCAUGAUUCAGGGCUCCGACGACGACGAUGACGAUGAUUCGGAUGAUGACAUCAAUGUGGUCAUAGGCGAUAUUAAAGCAGCCCCGAGUACGUACAAUAUUAAGCAGCGGCCGAAUCUAUUGGCCGGAGCCAGUGCUACCGACAAGGCCAAACCAUCGGCCCAGGGUGGUAAGUUCAGUAUUGAGGACUUCGAGGGAGCUGGCACCAUCAAUGGCGUUGCUGUCCAUGAAUUCAGCAUCGAUUCGCUAGAAGAGAAGCCUUGGCGAAAGCCGGGUGCAGAUAUUACGGAUUAUUUCAACUACGGAUUCAACGAGGAGACGUGGCGAGCCUACUGUGAGCGGCAGAAGCGAUUCCGUGUGGCAGAGAGUGGCGUGGGUCUGGCCAGUCUCACGCAGAAUGUCAAUCAGAAUGCUCCAAUUGGCAGUUUAGGUGAUCCCAAUAUGGGGAUGGCGCCGCCUGGAAUGCAGCCCGGCAUGAUGGGCGGUAUGGUUGAGGGCAUGCCCAUGCCGCCUCCUGGAAUGGCACCGCCUGGCAUGGCGCCGCCUGGUAUGAUGCAGCCACAGCAACAACAGCCGCCGCCGCGUCCCGGCAUGGGUAUGGGUAUGGGAAUGAUGCAAAGGCCACCGCGUCCCAUUUCAACCACAGGUAGCGGAAUCGGUGGCCCACCCGGCAUGGGAGGUGCGAAAGAGAAUGCCAUUCAAGUAAUGACCGCCGAGUGUCGUGAAUAUUCCCGAGGAGGUCUUGGUCCCAUGCCGCCUAAUUUCCCCCCGCCUGGUGCAGCAGAAGAGCCAUUCUUCCAUGAGCCCGAACCCUUUGAUUAUGGCUAUGAGCCCACUCAGGAAUCACAAUGGGGCAAUGAUAAUGCCCCCGGUUGGGUGCCUACAGGCAUAAAGGAGUUGACUCCAGGACAUGCUCCACAUAUGCAACAUCCACCGCCCCAAAUGAAUGUGCCGCCUCCGCAAAUGGGCGGGCCACCGCCCAGAGGUCCCAUGAUGCCGCCCAACAUGCGAAUGCCGCCUAAUAUGCCAAUGGGACCUCCACCUCCGGGUAUGAUGAUGGGAGGAAAUGGACCCCCACCACAAAUGAGAAUGAACAUGCCACCGCCUCAGAGAAUGUCACCAAUGGUAGGUAACAAUAAUAAUAGCAAUCUGCCUCCAUCAUCGCCAUCGUCGGCAUCAUCCAGCGGAGGCGGCGGUGGUGGUGGUGUCGCCUCUUCAUCCUCCUCCUCAUCAAACAACGCAGAUCGUGGAUAUGAUGAUGAGAGAGAACGACGACGUCGGGACAAGGACAAACAACUCAAAAAGGAACAGCUGCGAAAAGAUUUCAUGGAUAUGCUGCGCGAACGCCACGAAAUUGAAAGGCAUACCCGAUGGUAUGAUAUUAAAAAGAAAUUCGAGUCCGAUUCGCGUUACCGUGCCUUAGAUUCCUCCUAUCGUGAGGAAUACUUCGAGGAUUACCUGCACGUACUCAAGGAAGAGAAGCGGAAAGAGCGUGAUCAAAAGGAACGAAGCGAACGCCAUCGUGACAAGGAUCGCUCCAACCGCGACAAGGACAGAGAAAAGGACAACAAAGACAAGGAUAAGGACAAAGACAAAGAGAAGGAAUCGUCAUCGGCCUCAUCCUCGCGACGUGAUGGUCGUUCGAGGUCGCGCGAAAAAUCCAGUCGUCGCAAAUCGGCGUCACGAGAAAAGGAUCGAAGCGAACGAAGCAGUAAAACGGUAAGCGGCAGUUCAACAUCCGGCUCUACAUCGGCGUCCACAACUUCUAGCUCCUCGAGUCGCAGUGACAAGAAGAAAUCCCAUCGCAAGGAUAAAGAAGAAGACGAAUAGCAUUUACUUAGAUACUAUAUGGAAAAGAACGACGAGAAAGGUGAAGAAGUCGAAGAAGGCUGUAAAUAAACUUCCAGUCUAAAACAAAUUGAAAAACAAACAAAAAAUCAAGUUAAGCAAUGACAAAUGUGAAAAAAGUUAAUGGAACUCUUGGACAUAAUCAGUCAGUUCCUUUUUGAUAUGUUUUAAAGAUUAUCCCGAAACAAGUUUAAAUAAGUCAAACACGAAUAGCAAUAAGUUAUUAUUCAGAAUUAUGUGAAGCAAAAAGUUCAUUAAGAAACAAAUAAUUAUCUACUUUUAAAUUCCGAAUUGUACGAAACCAAGUUAGUUUCUAUGACUUAUCGAACAAUAAAACUAAGUUAAGAUAAGUAGUCCUUUCAAGGAAGAGUUUCUAUGGGUACAUAUUUUUGUAUUUUUAAUUUAAUUUUCUUUAAUUUUAAAUACAUUAUGGUAACUAAAAUUGGCUUUAUUGUUCGAAAAAUAAUCAUUGCUUUCAUUAAAAACAAAAACGAAAAAACAAA